AUGAACGACUCGAGCCAGCCGAGCAUCUUCUCCUCGUCCAAGGACAGCCUGACGCGGAAUCUAUCGUCGCUCCCGCCGCUGCAGCCGCCCUCCACCCUCCAGAAGAACGAUCGCUCUCGUCGCGCUCCUCGCACUUCGUCACCCUUCCGCCGGCAGAGCACCCCAGAGGUUCGCCCGCAGGGCAAUAGUCAAGCUGCCGCGGACAGCUCUGACGCCGCGCCCAACGUCGAUACUAUCUCCCGUUUGCUCAGGAAACCAAGUGAGCGACUGGUGGAAGCGCCGUCGGGGAGGGAGCAGGCGUCGUCGCCAUCCAUAUGGACAUCAUUCGCUGAUCGCACAUCCACUGCGACUCCCCCGAAUAAGCCGCUCGCGCCCCGGGCUCGCAGCGUUAGUUCCAGUCGAACGUUUGUCGGUAAUAGGGUCUUUCCGAGCGAGGCACCGAUACAUCUUCCGCAGACACCUCCCACGUCGUCGCCAAGCGCUGCGAAGAGAAAGUUCGCGCUUGACACUCCCUACGACGAGCGAGGUCCAACUUCUGAGCCCUCAAACAAACGGCUGAAACUCCGCCCACGUACGAAGCUUUUACUCGAUAGCAAUAGCUACGGCUCGUUCGAUUCUUCGCUUGCUCAACCUCCCUCGCCAUUGUUCUUCAGUAACACUCCAAGAGCUCGUCCAACGCUGCCGCCGCGCUUCUCCAGCAGUGAGGCGGCAGCCAAAAUGCUGAGUAAGGCUCGCACGGAAGAGACUCAUGUCAAGACUGUGAGCUUAGCCCGCGGCACUGUCAGUACGCCUGGGGUAGGCGCUAGCAUACCAACCCGGAGCACACAGCGCAAGAGUCUAGAGCGUACGAUAACCGGUCGGAGCAGCAGUCCGGAGACUGCCAGUAAUGGCACGAGAGAUGGCGUGGGUGGCAUCAGCACUAUGCUCAACAGCAUUGGAAUCAUUGAAUUGCUGGAGCAGGAUGAAAGGCCAACUUUCAUCAUUUAUCUCGGGGAUAGCACCAACUACGGGCCGGGUCCGCUCCAUCUAAUAUACUCAAAUCUUUCGCUGCGAUCCUACGAGGGCAUGUAUGCACUUGUCAACGGGACGAGUUCGAGUGAAUUUCCGGGUCCAAACAACUUUCUGCAGUUCAAAUCAUGGCUGCUGAGUGCUGCCGUCAACGGAGAGAGCCUGAAUGUCUGCCUACCGCCCUUCAAUUAUGGCAACAUGUUAUGGAGCUGCUCGACGCUGCGAAACAGAUUACGGAUAAUCAGUGGGACCUUUAUUUCGCCUCCACCUGCUGCUACUGCCGCUAUGCGCGUCAGCAUACCUCCCGGCGAAAUGUCUCAUGAGAACGAAGGUUCCGAUUACUUUGGUCAGAUCGCCGACGUGAAAGCCGGUUCAACCUCUGGCGAUUCAAGUACCCACACAAUGCCCGACAUCCUGCCCACGAUAGAGGAGAAUCAUGCAAGAACUGGAGCUAUGCUGAGUAUACCGCCCGACCUUGAUCUGUCGGAUGCAACAGAUCUACUUCCUGGGCCCAAUACGUACGUACAGCCACCCUCUGCUGGCACGAGCAUCCUUAACCCAACCGCCGCAUCUGCUGCAUCAAGUUCAACAAGCAAGGAGAGUCACCUGACUAAUGACGGGCCCGUGAACAGUCAGAUAACGACAGUGCUUCCGGACGCGCCUUCAUUCGACUGGACACGCCUACCCGUUUCAGACAGUAUGCCAAAGCACAUCCAAUUUGCGCGAAGUGUGGACUGGGCUUCGACUGCUCUAGGCCCGAUCGAAAACUGGAGCUUGGAUCUAAGACAGAUGUGCAAUUUGAUCAUGGCCUCGCCGCAUCCCGCAGCUAUGUAUUGGGGCGAGGAUCUGAUUGCUAUUUACAACGAGGCCUACAUCUUGCUUGCAGGGCAGAAACAUCCUUCACUCAUGGGCCAAAGCUAUCGCGUGGCCUGGGCCGAGAUCUGGAAUGAGGUUAAGGACGUAUUUGCAAACGCCAAGACGACCGGCGAAGCGACCAUGAAGGAUGACGACUGUCUGUUCAUUAGACGCAGUGAUCAUCUCGAGGAGGCGUACUUUUCUUGGUCGAUUAUUCCGAUGGUGGGCCGAGACGGCAGCGUAAUGGGUCUUUACAAUCCAGCUUUCGAAAAGACCCGUCGAAAGAUCGCUGAGCGCAGGAUGUUGACCUUGCGGGAAGUGGGCGAAAGGACCGCAUCUGCUCGAGACGUGAAGGCAUUCUGGACUCAGGUGCUAGGAUCUUUCGAAUUCAACGAGUACGAUAGUCCAUUUCUCAUGUUGUAUUCGGUCAGCGAUGAGGCCGAUAGCGACAGCAGUAGCAUCCACUCCGGUUCGGUCUUCACAUCAAGGCAAUGUAUGCUGGAAGGGUCACUCGGGGUUCCGGAAGGCCAUCAAGCAGCACCAGAUCAAAUCGACAUAAGGUCCGGGAUGGAGGGAUUCGGGCCCGUAUUUAGAGAGGUCCUGAAUACAAAUAAGCCGGUGCUGCUUGAGGUAGGUAGCAGCGAUCUUCCGGAGGGCUUGAUGGAGGGCCUCCAAUCACGCGGGUUCGGCGACCCCAUCAAAGCCGUUGUUGUCUGUCCAAUUCAUCCAACGACCGGCGAGAGCGUUCUAGGUUUCCUUGUUCUUGGUGUCAAUCCAAGACGGCCUUACGACGACGAUUACAGCCUAUUCCUGCAGCUGCUGAGCCGUCAAUUGGCGACUUCCCUUGCUUCAGUCGUACUCUUUGAGGAAGAGAUCAGACGGGGUCAGAAAGCCGCGAAAUUGGCAGCGCUUGAUCGAAUCGAGCUCUCCGAGAAACUGGCGGCUCGGACUGCAGAGGCCAUCGAAAGCGAGACAAAGUUCACACGGAUGGCAGAAUUCGCCCCGGUCGGGAUGUUCAUCGCGGACGAGGGCGGCAAGAUCAAUUUUGCCAACGACACUUGGUACGACAUAUCGCGCGUUCCUAGAAACGCAGACAUGGCAGACACGUGGAUGGAAGCUGUCAAGCCCGAGGACAUGGAUCUGGUGAAGAAUUCUUGGACCGAUUUGGUCACCCACACUAAAGCAGUGUCCAUCGAAUUCAGAUUCAAGGCUCAGUGGAGGGAUCGGAAUGGCAAUUAUGGCGAUACGUGGGUGCUGCUGUCUGGCUAUCCGGAGCGCCACGACGACGGAAGGUUGAAGAGCAUAUUUGGCAGUAUGACGGACAUUUCGCAGCAGAAAUGGGCGGAGGGCCUGCAGACGCGGCGUGCUCAAGAGGCCGUUGAGCUGAAACGGCAGCAGGAAAACUUCAUCGACAUUACUUCGCACGAGAUGCGCAAUCCACUGAGCGCUAUUUUCCAGUGCUCGGACGAAAUCUCGAGCUCUUUGACAAGCUUCCGACAGGGCAACGAACGAGUCAUCCCGGAUGAGCUGGUAGCCAACUGCUUGGAUGCGGCGCAAACCAUCAGUCUCUGCAGCCAGCAUCAAAAGAGGAUUGUGGAUGACAUUCUGACUUUGAGCAAGCUCGACUCGCAACUGCUCCUAGUGACGCCUGUAGAUGCUCAGCCGCUUACUGUGGUCCAGAGAGCUCUGAAAAUGCAUGAAGGUGAAUUGCAGGCCGCAGACAUUCAGAUGAAAUUCGUCGUCGAUCAGUCUUUCCGCGACAUGGGGUUGGAUUGGGUGCGGCUCGACCCUAGCCGUGUGCUUCAGGUUCUGAUCAAUCUAACAACCAACGCGAUCAAAUUCACCGGUACAGAGAAUAGGAGGACCAUCACGGUGACCAUAGGAGCGUCGUAUGAGCGUCCGAGCGAGAAUCCCAACGCGCCUGUGAAAUACUUUUCGACACGCCGGAAAGAGAAGGCAGACCUAAGCGAUAAAGACUGGGGCGAUGGCGAGAAGGUCUACAUACAUUUCGCUGUACAGGACACAGGUCGUGGUCUGAGCCCUGAAGAGAAGAAAUUGCUGUUCAUGCGCUUUUCCCAGGCGUCUCCGCGCACGCACGUUCAAUAUGGAGGAUCAGGUCUAGGUCUCUUCAUCAGCAGAGAACUGACCGAACUACAAGGCGGUGAGAUCGGCGUUGAGAGCGAGGCAGGCAAAGGCUCGACAUUUGCCUUCUUUGUCGCCGCCAGGAGGAGUGCGGCUCCACAAGACAGCGUUGACGGCUCCACUGGUGUCAAGCGCCACAAUCCUCCCUCAUCCAGGAGCAAGUCGGCGCCGUUAUCCAAAAAAGAUGACGGCAAACCAAUCCAGCAGGUGGAAGGAUUCGCACCUAAAAGAGACACGUCCAGCGAGAAACCAGUCUCGAGGAAGGUACUAAUUGUGGAAGACAAUCUGGUGAACCAAAAGGUGCUCCAAAAGCAGCUGAAGAACAACGGCAUCCAGGUACAUCUCGCGAACCAUGGCGGUGAGGCUUUGGAGAAACUCAUGCAGUCUACUUACUGGCGCGAUGGCAAUGACAGCCCUGACAGGCUCGAAUUGGGUGUCGUACUGAUGGAUCAAGAAAUGCCGGUAAUGGAUGGGUUGACUUGUACACGCAAGAUUCGAGAGCUCGAAGCCGAGGGCAAAUUGACCGGACAUGUGCCCAUUAUCGCUGUGACAGCGAAUGCGCGGGCUGAGCAGGUGCAGACUGCUUUGGAUGCAGGCAUGGUGAGUCCUUCCAGCCGCUUUAUGACUACUUAUGCACCGAUCACAUCUGUGAGAAUUUGCACACAUGACGCGGUCACGAACGGUGCGCCGUUCACAGGUCUAGGCAUCCGGAUCGCUGGCUCGUACCUUCUGAUCUUGAGGGCAGGGUUGACAGGUUGGGUUCCUCGCAUGACUUGCUGACGUGUUUUGUGCUACGCAGGAUGAUGUUGUGAGCAAGCCUUUCCGCAUCCCGGAACUCGUACCAAAGAUUGAAGAGUUGACGGUCAGGUAUCCAAUGCCGUCGGCCACGCGGUGA